AUGAUUGACACUUGCUGUGUGUUGGGGGGCCUAGAAUCGUUCAUCUCAACAACCACAAGCAUCGGAGCUCGUCAAAGGACCGCUGGACACGAUAUCUUUUUGGCCUUCUUGACAGAUGCAGCCCGACGUCUCUCUGGCGGUGGGGGCGUCUUUCGGAGUACCUACAGCAUCACCCCAGCGGUAAAGCUGCUGCAUCCAACUGACGAGGAUCUGGCUCUCAUGCUCAAGGUACUUGUGGAUGCCGGGCAGGAGAGCCGCUGCUUUACGACGGUUCUCUCCAAAGCCCUUCUCAACGAGGCGCUUCAUCGCACAACGUUGGCGAGGGCAGUGGAUUGGUUUGUCGACAUGGCGUAUCUUGUCAUCCUGCUGCGUAUGGCCUGUGCUGUGAACACGGACCAUAAGCCUGCGAAGGUCGUGCAGAUAUCAUUCUUCUGUGUCAGCUUUUGGGUUGUCUUCUCUUUUAUUCGAAAACUGGGCGGCGGGCUGUCGCUUUUCAGCUCCUCGUCAGACGGUUUCGUUGCGGGACUGCUCAAGCACACGAAGCUUUGGAACAUCGUCAUGUCCUUCACAGAACUGUUCUCCACGUACUUUGCUUAUCGCUUCUUAGUCUAUGUGAUCUGGGACACGGGAGAGGGGGCCUGGACUUUGUUUCGACUACACCCUGGCUUCCUGUCCUUUCUGGUGCUGGUGCGGUGGACACAGCUGGCCAUCGGUCUCCUGCAACUCGAGCAAUUGGGGCGGAACGUCGUCCCGGUCGUUCAUGCCAUCUCGAGGCCAGAGUCCCUCUCGUUCUUGUUCUUCCUCUUCAUCGUGGUUGUGGGAUCUUUCCAUGCUUACUAUGUCUUCCCGAUCCAGGAGAACACGGGGACCUUCUCCCACAUCAUGAACACCUUCUUGAAGAUCUUCCGCCUCGAAAUUCUGGGGGAUUUCAGCCUCAGCGAGUUGGAAGGAUUGGGCGAUGAGUUUCAUGGGACCUUCCUUACGAACCACUCCGUGGAAGGCGAGAUGGAGCCCGAAGCCGCCGACAACGAAUUCCACAAAAGCCUUCGUGCGGAGUUCGUGGUCUUGAGCCUGGUAGUGAACGUGGUGUUCCUGAACGUCUACAUUGGUCUGCUUGGAGAGCUUUAUGGCAGGGCUGUGCAGAGAAAGAGUCAGCUCUACAAUCAUUACUUGGCUUCCUAUGCCUACCGGAACCUCGCCCGAUGGUGCCGGUUGAGUUGCGAGACAUGUCGAGGCGAAGAGUUUGAGACGGGUGUUGUCUGGGUGGCCUACAACAGGGCUAACCUCGUGGAGGAGUCGGAGGAGAAGUCGGACUUCUCUGUAUUCGAAGCCAUGAGCUCCACUGUGUUGAUCGGAAAAGGUGAAACGGGUAACAUGCCUGUCAACCCCGGGAAAGAUGGCAAGGGCAGUAUGUCCAUCUACUUCAACUACAUCUGUUGCGAGCUGCCGAGCGGUCUCAAGUCCAGAUUCGUGGUGGAGAGCGGGCAGAAAUCCAGUGUGGAUCAUCUGGCGACGGCCUCGCAGGAGGGAGCAAGCCAAGUGACAAAGUCAACUUUCAGCAACAUCCUGGCAAUGCUCGCCCACCACUGUGCAGCAGCGGCCCGCAGCCUCGACACCUGCAGGCACUUCUUGCUAAAAGCAUCCCGGACGGCUUCAAGCAAGGAUGGAGGGCUCAGGGCGAUCAGCCUCGGGGACGUAGUCAGCAACCUGUCUCACUGGGACCGGAAGCAGCAGCGGCACCUCCAGGAUUCCGAGCAACGCCUGCUGAUGCGCGAGCAGCAAGAGCUUCUCGAAGAGCAGAAGCGAGAGCUCAACGAGCAAAAAGCGGAUCUGCUGGAGAAGGACGAGCAGCUGCGGAGACACCGGCAGCAGCUCGAUGAGUCACGGCUCUAUGGCGACCGCUGCGAGCAGUUGGCGGAGCUGCGCGCCAAGGAGCUGGCAGUGGCCAAAGCGCAGCUGCUGGAGCUCCAGGAGCGAUUGGAGUCGAGCGUCGACUCGUUUUCGGAGCAGCAGCGAUCCUAUGAGAGCUGCCUGCGGAGCUGGUCGGCCGAGCGGCUUCGUGUGCAGUCUCUGCAGGCGGAACUUGCUGCCUUUGACUCUCGACACAGCAGAGAGCUACAAGAGCUCAAGGAAUGCUUGCUGCCUCUGCGCCCUUCUGGGGGCCGCUGCUGCUUGGUAGCGCAGCCGCCGGUGCAGCAGACGCAGAGCGUCCUCUGGGGAUCCGUGCCACUGCGGCCCACUCUCGAGGACAUGUGGGUCCAGACUUCGAGAGACGUUGUGGACAAAGAUCUCCACACAGAAACGGUACAGGAACUUCGUUCGCAGCAGCUGCAAAGCCAGCUGGAGGCAACCCGGGAGCAGGAGGCCCUCUUGGAGAAGCUGCAGGGUUUGGAGAACGUGCAGGAGAAGCUCGAACAUGCUGAGUGGAAGCUCGAAACGCCGGAAUACGUCCUGCACGGAGAGUUGCAGCAAGCCUAUGCCAGCCUGCGGGACAGAGAGUCCGAGGUGCGCAUGGAGAAGGACCGCGGGGAGGCGAUCUCCCGUGCGGCGGAGCAGAGGGUGGAGCUUCUGCGUACUCAGACACAGGCUCUGAUGGAGCAGACUCGGAUCCAGGCCUCACAAGCAGCAUUCGAGUACAGCCAAGAGCAGAAGCGCACGGAAAACCUGCAUGAGGAGCUGGCGGAGUCCGCGGCCCAGAUCCGAGGGGUGCAGGAGGAGCUGCUGGCCUCCAGGACUGAGCUGCAGCUGGCCAGCACAGAAGCAGACCAUGAGCAGCGGAAUCUGCGAUUCGCGCUGGGAGAGCAGCUCCUGGAGUGUGAGCAGCACUGCACCCGGCUAACCUGCGAUCGGCAGCAGCAGGAGAGCGUGGCGGCAUGGCUCCAAGAUUCCUGGAGGAGGUGUGAGCUGGCGCCAGCUUUGGACCAGGUGAAGACCCUCCGCAAAGCCAUGGACGAUGACCAGCUCCACGUAGAGGCCCUGCAGAUGCAGAACCACGAGCUCGCUCUCGAGGCAGCGGAGCAGAGAGCAGCCAUGUCCUUUGGCACCACGGAGGUCGCUUUCGCACGAGCAGAGGUGGCCACAUGGAAGAGAGAGUCUCAGGAGCUGACUGCGAAGCUUGAGAAGCAGGAGCAGUGGGCUCUUCAGGAGGAGGCGGCGAUGGAAGAGGCAUCAUCUGCAAAGAAGCGCGCGACUGCCGAGGCCGAGCAUGGGAAGCAGUCGCAGCAUGCGGAGGAGACUUUGAGCUUGGCCAAAGAGCUCAAAGAACUUCGAUCCGAAGCGGCCUUGCUGCGCUCCAGCCUAACAGUAGCGCGACUGGAGGUGCCGCCAAGUGCCCCGGUGCCGCCGGGGAAGCCGGCGAUGCCGUCGUCGGGGCUAGCCGCAAUCAUUUCGGCGGCGGAGGAAACUCUGCAUCACCCGCUGCCUCUGACCGACCAGGUCGCCACUCGCCCAGCUGGGCUUGCUGUUCCACCCGUGGAGACGCUACGCUCCCCGCCGAGACCAGUCGCCGACCAGGUGGUUCUGCGAGGACCACUCGCACAAGAUAUCGACCUGGACAAGGAGUAG